AUGGCAGAGGAGGCGAUGUUGGAGUACUUCUAUUCCACUAGGGGUUUGCAGUACAUGGUUGCGGAGAGUAUGAGCAAGAACAGUCCAAAUUUCAUCGAUAAUCUCCUGAAGAAAGUGGACUGCGUUGCUGUUUCCGACAUCAACCAGUCCAUCACCAGACAUCUACGGUUUCAACCCGUCAAUGAAUUCGAGCCUUUCCUCGAGAGCUCAGGUCUAAACCCCACCGAGUACAACGAUCUUGUUCCCUGUGAUAAGCUCUUCUUGAAAGAGGACGCUUUCUUGCUUGAGAACCACCAUGUUCUGUGUUACAGUGGGAUUGACCCAAAGAAGAUUGGGAAGAUCUUCAAGGAAGCUAGGGAGGUUUUUAGGUAUGGAACAGGGGUUUUAGCUUCGAAGAUUAAAGCUUAUGAGGAUUUAGGGUUUAACAGAGUGUUGAUAUCGAAACUAAUCGUUUGUAGCCCGAGUAUCUUAAUCGGGGAUACGAGUGUGGAGCUUGGUAAGGUCUUGGAGUUGCUGAAGUCUUUAGGGUUUGAGCUUGAUUGGGUGAUGGAGAACUUGUCAGAGGAGGCUUCUUAUGAUUGGAGCUCUGUGAGUAAUGUCUUAAGCUUUCUCAGAGAGAUCUGUCUCGAUGAGGAUGAGCUGUGUGGGUUAAUCAGGAAGUAUCCAAGACUUGUUUUUGAGGAGUCAGGGAGAUGGACAAUGAUUCUUGCUGGAUUCGAAACGAAGCUUGGAUCGUCAAGAAGCGAGCUCUGUUCCUUGUUUCGCAACUUCCCUCAGAUUGAAGUGGAGAAAUGCGUGACGAAUCUAAGGCGUUGCUUCUUGUUCCUGAAAGAGAUAGAGAUGGAAGACGAUGAGAUACGUAAGAUCUUCCGUUGUCACUCAUGGUGGCUUGGUUCUUGUAAGUUGAAGAAAACCGGUAGCUUGUUUGUGAAUCUGAAGGCUCAUGGAAACCGGAUUUGUCAGGUGGUUAAAGAGAACCCGGAAGAGAUGAAGAAGUGGACGUUAGGGUCGAGAAUCGAGCCGUUACCGUCAGUAGCAGACGUGGAUUCGAAGAUGAAGACUCAGUUUUUGUUGGAACUUGGAUACGAGGAGGAAACAGAGGAAAUGGAGAGAGCGGUGAAGAGUUUCCGUGGCAGAGGAUCCGAGCUGAGAGAGAGAUUUGAUGUUCUUGUGAGUUUGGGAUUGAGUGAGGAAGAUGUGAAAGAGAUGGUGAAAGCAGCUCCUGAUGUACUCACACAGGCGAGUGAUGUGCUUGAAGCAAAGGUUAAGUACCUUGUUGAGGAAUUAGGUUAUCCGCUUUCGAGUUUGGUGGCUUUUCCUUCGUGUUUGAAGUUCACUCUUGUGAGGAUGAAGAUUAGGUUUGGCAUGUUUGCUUGGCUUCAAGCUAGAGGGAAAGUUGAUCCCAACCUUGCGGUUAGUACUCUGCUCGCACUCUCUCACAAAGAUUUUGAGAGAUGUUAUGUAAAUCGCCAUCCUGAUGGGCCUAAGCAUUUUGAGGGUUUGAAGAAACAGCUUCUUUGUGAUGAGCAAGACUAA